AUGGCAGCUCUCCCGAGCUCUGACCUCUCCAGGGGCUCCAGUUUCUCCAUCACCUGCCGAUUGCGAUCUCCCGCAGCGCCUCGGUGGGCUGGGGCCUUCGGGGUGCGGGGCACCAGGCUCCUGCUGCUUUGCUAUCUGGCUUACCUGGUGCUGGCAACUGGUGUGUUCUGGGCGCUGGAGGGUCGCGCAGCCCGGAACCCCAGCCGCAGCUUCCAGGGCCACAAGUGGGAGCUGCUACACAACUACACGUGUGUGGAUGGCCCGGCUCUAGACCUGCUGGUCCGGGACGUCAUCCAAGCAUAUAAAGAUGAGACCAGCCUCCUGGGCAAUAACACCAAUCUGGGGUGCUGGGAAUUUGUGGGCUCUUUCUUCUUUUCUGUGUCCGCCAUCACCACUAUCAGCUAUGGCCACCUGAGCCUGCAGACCAUGGCUGCCCGUCUCCGUCUCUUCCACAGAUUCUUUGCUCUCCUUGGGAUUCCGCUCAAUCUCGUGGUGCUUAAUGGGCUGGGCCACCUCAUGUGGCACCAGAGCCACGGGCCAGUGCUGUGCUCUGCAGGACCCAUUGUGGGCACGGCGGCAGCUGACAGGCUCAGGAUGACAGGUGGGGACUCGGCUGCCUACACCUUCUAG